UGGAAAGCCCAUGAACUGGAUCCAUACCCACAAAACCAGUCGUUAAACUAAAACCCUCCCUAACAAUAACAGCGUCCAUUUCGAUUUCGUCUUUAGAGCGCUCCAACGUUUGCGUUUUUCCCUCUUACGAAGCGAUGAACCGCGUGAAGGCAAUAGCUGCUUCCCUCAGAUUCCUGGACUCGUUGUUCGCUACCCGAGUUCUUGCAACUCGGAACCAGGUGACUCACUUCACUCCCUAUACUCCAAUAACCCUUCUGGGUGGGUCUAACGAGUUACGUUUUUCCAACACUCACCAAAAACUCUACUUUUCUUCGAAACCGAACUCCAUUGUGGAGCUUGUUCUGACCAACGAUUGGUCCCAAGGGUUGGAGCACGAGUUAGAAAAAUGUUGCCCAUCUCUGACCCAUGAAACUGUUCUUUACGUUUUGAAGCGAUUGGAUAAAAAUCCAGAAAAAGCUUCGUCUUUCUUCAAUUGGGUCAGUGAGAAAGAAUGGUUUAGAGCAAGUUCAUCUGUGUAUAGCUUAAUUGUUAGAGUCUUAGCCAAUAACGAGACGAUGAAGGAAUUUUGGAUUACUCUAAGGAUGAUGAAGGAAAAAGGGUUUUAUCUUGAUGAGGAGACCUAUUUGACAAUUUCUGUGGGCUUUAAAAAGGCAAAGAUGAACAGUGAUUCUGUGGCUCUGACCCACUUCUAUAAUCGGAUGCUUCAGGAUAAUACAAUGCAAAGUGUUGUCACCAAGGUGGUUGGUAUCAUUUCAGGGUCAGAGUGGGGUGAUGAGGUUACCAAUGAACUGGAAAAGCUUAAGGUUCAAGUGUCUGAUAAUUUUGUAAUAAGGGUUUUGAAAGAGCUUAGAAAUUGUCCUUUAAAUGCUUACAAGUUCUUUCAUUGGGUUGGGAAGCAAUCUGGUUAUGAGCAUAGUACAGUGACUUACAAUGCAAUUGCAAGAGUUCUUGCCAGGACUGACUCAAUUGACGAGUUUUGGAGUAUUCUUGAGGAGAUGAACAGAGUGGGUCAUGAAUUGGAUAUUGAUACUUACAUAAAGAUAUCAAGGCAGCUUCAAAAGAGUAAGAUGAUGGAGGAUGCUGUCAAACUUUAUGAGCUUAUGAUGGAUGGUUCAUAUAAGCCAUCAGUUCAGGAUUGUAGUAUAAUCUUAAAUAGGAUCUCUGCAAGUGAUAAGCCAAAUUUGGAUUUAGUUUUCAGGGUAGCUAAGAAAUAUGAGUCAACAGGGCAUACUCUCUCCAAAGCAAUUUACGAUGGAAUCCACAGGUCUUUGACAAGUGCUGGGAAAUUUGAAGAAGCUGAAAAUAUUGUCAAGACUAUGAGAAAUGCUGGCUAUGAGCCUGAUAACAUCACCUACAGUCAAGUUGUUUUUGGACUGUGUAAGAGGAGGAGGUUUGAAGAAGCAUGUAAGGUGCUGGAGGAGAUGGAAUCUUGUGGAUGCAUCCCUGAUAUCAAGACUUGGACCAUCUUGAUCCAAGGGCAUUGUGAUGCCAAUGAAGUAGAUGAGGCAUUGCUUUGUUUUGCUAAGAUGAUUGAAAAGGGCUGUGAUGCAGAUGCUGAUUUGUUGAACGUUCUGGUGGAUGGUUUUCUUGGUCAAAAUAGAAUAGAUGGCGCAUACAAAUUGCUUGUAGAGAUAAGUAGUAAGUGUCGUAUAUCUCCGUGGCAAGCUACAUAUAAGAAACUGAUUGAAAAGCUAUUAUUAGUCAGGAAGUUUGAAGAGGCACUUGAUGUUCUUCGAUUGAUGAAGACCCACAACUACCCUCCAUAUCAUGAACCCUUUGUGUCGUAUAUUUCAAAGUUUGGGACAGUGGAGGAUGCUGCAGAAUUCCUGAAGGCGUUGAGUAUAAAAAGUUACCCGUCGCUUGCAGUUUACCUUCAGGUUUUUGAAUCCUUAUUCCGAGAAGGUAGAUUCUCUGAGGCCAAAGAUCUAUUGUACAAGUGUCCUCACCAUGUACGUAAGCAUAAUAAAAUCUCUGAACUUUUUGGUUCAGCUGAGAGUCGCAUGGCUGGUACUUGA